AUGACGAGAAGGGCGGAGUUCAAGCUAGGUCUCUUCGUGGUUCUUCAAUUCAUGUUUCUGCUAUCUCUAUGUUCAUCUGAGGAGUUCUUGCCUCAGAUAUCACCAGACACGUCUCCUCAACCAUUCCUUCCCUUCAUUGCUCCUUCUCCUAUGGCUCCUUACAUCAACACCACCAUCCCCAAGCUCUCUGGGCUUUGCUCGCUUAAUUUCACUGCUUCCGAGAGUUUGAUUCAGACAACAUCACACAACUGCUGGACCGUCUUUGCUCCAUUAUUAGCCAAUGUCAUGUGUUGUCCUCAGCUAGACGCUGCUCUCACCAUCAUCCUCGGCAAAGCGAGCAAAGAAACUGGUCAGCUUGCACUAAACAGAACACAGUCUAAGCACUGUCUCUCGGAUUUAGAGCAGAUCUUGGUAGGCAAAGGCGCUUCUAGCAAGCUUGGGAGUAUAUGUUCCCUUCACUCGUCGAAUCUCACAGCUUCUUCCUGCCCUGUGACCGACGUGGAUCAGUUCGAAAGCGCGGUGGAUACGUCUAAGCUUCUUUUGGCUUGUGAGAAAGUUGAUCCUGUCAAGGAGUGUUGCGAACAGGCUUGCCAAAACGCCAUACUCGACGCAGCUACUAAUAUUACUCUCAAUGCCUCUGAGCCUUUGAUGGAUAACUCGGUUCGGAUCAGUGAUUGUAAGAACAUAGUGCACCGUUGGCUCGCUACUAAACUUGACCCUUCUCAGGCUAAGGAAACUCUCAGAGGUUUAGCAAACUGCAAACUCAAUAGAGUUUGUCCUCUUGUGUUUCCACACAUGAGACACAUCAGUGCUAACUGCAGCAACGAGUUGAGUAACCAAACAAGUUGUUGCCGCGCAAUGGAGAGUUAUGUGUCUCAUCUGCAAAAGCAAUCACUUAUAACUAAUUUGCAAGCUUUGGACUGCGCAACCUCUCUUGGGACAAAGCUGCAGAAGCUAAACAUCACUAAGAAUGUCUUCACUGCUUGUCAUAUAAGUCUCAAAGACUUCUCUCUUCAAGUUGGAAACCAAGAAUCUGGUUGUCUAUUACCAAGCUUACCAUCUGAUGCGAUAUUCGAUCAAGACACGGGAAUUAGCUUCACUUGUGAUCUGAAUGACAACAUUCCAGCCCCAUGGCCUUCUUCAUCUCAGUCCUCAGCCUCUACCUGUAAAAAGACUGUUAGAAUCCCUGCUCUUCCUGCUGCUGCCUCCUCGCAACCCAGUCUCUACAAUGAGGGAGUGAAACGUUUGGUGAUCUUUGUAUUGUCUAUGGUUCUUGUGAUGCUUCUGUCAUGAUACCAGAACUAAACUGGGUUCACUCUUAUCUCUUACCGGUUUACUAGUAAUAGCUGUGGUUUUUGUGAUCAAACCGGUACAGUCAGCUGUUGGAAGUAGUAUGUUGACAUAACCGGUUCAAGUGCUUGAGUUGUUUGAGGUAUAAGUUUCGGAAAGUCUUUUAUCUUUAUUGAUUCAUGAUUCUUGGAAACCUUUUUAAUGUAAAGAAAAAGGUCUUGUAGGAUUUAUUUUCUGUAAGCUUAUAUAUAUAUAUAUAAUAUGUUUACUUUGCAAUU